GUGAAACAAGGUUACUCUCAUUUCUGUCAUUAGUGCGGAGGAACUUGAGUGCUCCAUGAUGACGUCUAGAGCAGACUGAAGGAGACCAUGUGUCAUCCCAGAGGGUGGACAGUCGUACCACAUACAUGUGCCAAGAAUAGACCAGUCAGAAUGACGGACAGUGCUCAAAGACUGAGGGACGCUUCUGAAACUACUGGCUCUGUUGCAGAAAAAGAAACAGGAAUUCUGAAGUUGAACAUGUAUCUUUUUAGUGCGCUGGACUAUUUUCUUUAACAUGUUGUCUCUGCUGGCACGUGGUCUUAAAUCUUAACUCUCAGCUGUUUCGCUAUUUAUUCUGUCAAAGGGCACAUGACAGUGCAAGCUGCAGAAGGGAAAAAGGAGACGAACUGGUUGUACAUGGACUAAGGUGACCACUCUGUCCUCAGUUUUUCCAUUGCAGAGGCUGUUUGGAAUUCUACAGUGGGCUUAUCUUGCCUUAUUUGGAGGAUUUGCAGUGCUAUUCUGAAUAUGUGAUUGGAGCACUGGUUGUGUCAGAGGUGCAUGGCAUGUUUAGACUUUUAGAGUUCUAUAGCAUAUGGCACAUGGUGGUUUUAAAAUCUUAGAAUGGGCUGAACAUAGAUUCUCUCAGGGAGAUGAAUCGUCUUAUCCAAAGUUUUAUGAUAUUCUUUGAGUGGAUAGGCUUAUGGCUGAAAUAUGGUUUCACAAGACUUUGGGGAGGUCUUCCAAAAGUCAAUAACUGGAUAGCAUGUCCAGGUACCACCGAUAGAGGAUCAUGCAAAGCAGACGCAGAGGAGUGGAAAACUAAUAAGGCUCUCCGCACUUACCACCUUGGAGAUGGAGAUGAAACCAGGGUUACAGUCCAAACCAGCACACACGCGUUCCAUGUGGACCUCGGGAGACUCUCAGAGUGCAGCAAGUACUUUCAAGCUUUGUCCCAGUCCAGAAUGAGAGAGAUCUCAGAAAGCCUCAUCCACCUAGACCAUGUGUCCUCCUCCAUCUUCUACAAUCUCCUUGAGUUCUCCUUCCAUGACAGUUUUAAAGUCCCUCAAGAGGAGUUGGACAUGCACAUCCAGGUUAGCAGCUAUCUCCUGGCUGAGGCCUUCCUCUCAAAGUGUCUAUCAGUCCUAGCAGAUGAGCUCAACCCAGGUAACUGUUUGUCCUACCUGAGUCUGGCUCAGGACAUCUGCUGUGUGGAGCUGAAGAUGACGGUGUUCACCUACCUGAGUGAAAACCUGCUGGAGAUGCCGCAACUCAUUAAGGGUCUGACAGAUGAUGAGAAAGACGAAGUUGUCCACUUGAGGAUGCAAGGAGACAAACGACUCUGUAGCCUCAGAAAAGAGAACCUGACUUCUUGGAAUGAUCCAGAAACAGAACAUGCAAGACAUGUCUUCACUCUGAAAGGCUCAGAGGACACAGGAGAUUGGUAUCCAGUUACAGAGCUUCCUUUCAGGGCUGAUAAGUGGUGUUUCACUACAGUGGUCCUGUAUAACUACCUGUACGUUAUAGGAGGCUACAGGCAGCGUGUGAAGAGAGGCUGGGAUUUCAAGAUGGCUUCCUACAGGUAUAAUCCCUUUACUCGCACGUGGGUUGCCACAGCACCUCUGAUCAAGCACAGAAGGCAUUUCAGUGCAGUGGCCUGUGAAGGCUGUAUCUACGCUGUGGGGGGCUGGUACUUGGACUCACUGGUGGCUCCAGACUCCAACACAGCUCUCUAUACAGCUGUAGAAUGCUAUGAUCCAUGGGACGACACAUGGAGGUUUGUGUCCUCACUGCCGCUCACUGACUUUCAGUUCACCGUGUCUUUGUCCCAUGAUGUGCCCCUUGCCACUAGCCUUGGACACUGUCUCUAUGUGUUUGGAAGCAUUCAGAGGACUGGAGAAAAACUUGUACUGCAGUACAACACGAAGCAUGACUCCUGGUCUGAGCUGCUCCCCACUCUUACCAGAACAGAUGCAGACCUCCCUGCUCUUUACUUCCUAGGUGCAACUGACAGGCUGCUUGUGAUUGGUGGGAACAAUUCAGAGAAUAUUGUGACAUCAUUCUGCUUGCAGUCCCAGAAAUGGGGACAGGUGCAUAGGACUGAGCGAGUGGCCUUUGCAGGGCAGGGAACAGUUGUGGGUGACCACCUCCUAAUGCCAAGUAUUGAGCACAAUGCUGUUGUAAAGAUGGAUCUCCAAAGUCUCUCCAGCAGAGCUCUUCCCCCUCUACCCAUCUCUACCUGCUAUGAAGCUAUUUUUUAUCUUUACUUUAAAUGUUGUAGUUAGCUUCUUUGCCACACUGUGCACAGUUUGUGAUUGUUUUUGUGGCUGAAUGUAAUAGUGUCUAAUCAUAGUAAGUCUUUCUCAAACAUAAGGAGCUAAAGUCCCUAGGGGGAUUAGCAAUGGUGGAUUAUCACUACCUUUUGUACUUAAGUCCCCAGUCCUUCAGUUUAAAGUUUGUUUAACUACAAUUAGGCUGGAGAGAACUAUAAGCAGAGAAUUUCAAAAUUUGACUUUACUAAUAAUUAUAUAAUGUAUGCUGUAUGUGCAGACUUUUGUGUCUACAUAUAGUAUCUGCUGUUGAUCACUACAGGAAAUUCAUAAUCUCAAUGGGACUUUUUUUUGUUAAAAGGGUUAUUUAUUAAAAAGGAUAUACUUGAAUAUCCUGAAAAAUUAGUCCUAAAUUCUGUGGGUUUAAAAAUGUCACACAAUUAAAACAACAUACAGACACUGACAGGAAAUUGUUACAUUGGUCUCAAUUACCUCCCAACACAACCUGGCUGCAGAUUCAGUUUCACAGCAGGGUCCUCAUGGCACGUGAAGUUUGGCCCUGUCUGUGUUUGGUGUCUUGUUACAAGAAGAAGCAUGUCAUGGGGAAUAGAGAGAGAGAGAGAGAGAGAGAGAGAGAGAGGGUG